GUUAGGAUUUUCCGAAUUGUUCGUCAAUGAUCAAAUCCGCAGGUCAAAUUUCUGGAUAAAAAGUAUGACAUCGGCAUGAUUCAAAAGCAUGGGAGAGGCUUUUCUCAACUGUUCAACCAGUUCCACGUUUCGGAUAAAUAUAGCAUUAAAACUUUCCGCACGAUCUCGACGUGACAAUAAAGGCCAUACCGCUGGGAGCAACUAUUCUAAUAGACUUCCUGUUUUUCACGAGGCGGAGAAGCAGAUAAGUCAAUUUGUCGCAAUUAAAAAAAAAAAAAAGACAGAAGCGAUUCGUCUAUGUCAGCUUUAUAUGUCCAUCAAAAAUAUUUUGUUAUGUAUCAAAUACUUUGAAAGUGUACACAACCCGUAUAGAUCGUGGGCUAUGGCGGUGAAGGAAACACUGAGUUUUAAUUGUUGACAAAAUAAAUUAUAUUUAGAGAAUAUAGCAGGAU